AGUGCCCAUACAAAAGUCCAAAUUAUUCGGAUCGGUUAUGGGGGGUGGCACUGCACGCGAUGUGGAAAAUGAUACGCUACCCCAUAACUUCACAAUAUAUACUAAACAUCGUCGUCGAUGAAGUCAGGGAAUAUCACAAGGAACCCACAGAGCUGAGGCUGAACUUGUGUAGUUCGUUUCCCUUUUCAGCCUCUUACUCAAACCCCUAUUCACCUUUACCUUCCGGAAUGGUUAUUUGAUAAUCUCCUGUCAUGCUCUCGCCAUAACACUGUCUUCGGGAAGGAAUUCUCACGCACGAAAAUGCCCGUCGUAGAUUAAAAAACGUUUCAUUGUUUAUGCCUCAUCGAACGCAGGCCUGCAUGCUCUAAGCCGAAUAACCGAUAUGGCUUGAUCCUUCAGUUAAUGAGAGUUAGAAUCUAUCCACUAUUGUGGUGUUGGCUUUGAACGCAACAAUGUAACACUAACUACCAGUAGCCGCAUAUAUUCUAGGACGUAUAUAUCUUCUCUUGAUAUCUCUCUCUGAACAGCAGUUUGCAAUCUUUCAUAAGUCACUUUAUGAGUUGUUAGGGGUUUUUUUCCAUCCAACUAUUUACAUUCUUUACGGCCUGGGUGCCUCACAUUCGUUAAUCUUUGCGAAAUAUACUACGUUCUUUUUUCUCUCGCCGAAUACUCUUAUACAUCCAAUUACCUGUAGUUCGCCAUGAGUUUCAUAGAAGCUAUCGGCGUGCUUUCGGGCGUGCUCGGAAUCUUACAAUUCGGCAUUGACCAUUUCCCUAAGGAUGACGGCCCAAAGUCGACUAUAAGGAUAACUGUCGGGUUAGACACCCCCAACGGCCUUCACAACGCCGGCGGUGACCUUCCCGAUGUCCGCCUCUGGAACGAGGCCGGAAAGUUCAUCGGUAUGCACGCAGACCCGGGCCACGUCGCGGACGGCGGUUUCGGCGAUAUCGAGAUCAGCCACGAGGACGACACGAACCAGCAGCCGGCAUACGCCCUUUUCUCCGCUAACAACGAUGCUAUCUGCAUUGCACACGCCACCGUCACUUUCCCCGGCAAUGAGAGAUACACCUGGGUCGGCGACUGGGGUCGCCAGUGCGGUGGCAGUUGGUAUUACUCGAACAUCUACGUCGACAGCAGCAACCGAAAGGUCGACUGUCUGUGGAUUGACGGCGACAACGACCAGCCGCAAAGCGGAUUUCAGGUCCACUGGCCCGAGUUCGUGAGGAAGGAUGGCGAGGAGCUUCCGGCGGAAGGGGACGGCAUGGCCGACAAAGUCGACUACCUUUGCAACAGCGGACCCCCGUUUAAGAUGUACAAGUACGACGACGUCAAGGACCCGAGCAGCAUCACCUACUGGGUCCUCGACAACAAGCGUUCGGAGGACGAAGGCAGGGACCGCAAGACCGCAACGGCAUACGGACCAUCCAAGAACCCUACCUCCGCCAAGUUCAGCCGCCAGCUAGCCAGAAAUAGCACCGUUCCUGCUAUGCCUAAAGGCCAGGCCAACCGUCUCGUCGUCAGCAACAACGAGCAGCACACGGCAGAGGAGCUUUGCGGCAGCGCGACGUCCUACGGCCCCGACUUCCUGGAUCUCAAGAACGAGAAAUUCUGCCGCAUGUCCGACAAGACUCUGUGGCCGAUCUGCUCCAGCUCCCAGGAAGCGGAAGGCUGCUUCAACGCCGAACUCAAGCAACUCAAGGUAAAUGACGUUUACGCUAGGGACACCCCUUACGACAACAUUGUCGACUGGACAGAGUAAAUGGGUGGAUUCGUGUAGUUCGUAUGUCCUCAGGUAGCACAGAUGGAAAGCUUGUAUUAGUAGUAUAUCAUUGUUGGCGCAUGGGACUGGGGUCGUAUGUUCUUCAUAAACCAAUACAAGUGCUUACUUGUGCGGUACGGCAGCAUUGUACAAUAUCCUGGAUAUUUGGGUUAACAUGUUUAGCAAUAUAAAAGUUGCCAUUAGAAUCUAAGAAACCCCGAAUCACGUCGAAUGAAUUUUCAGCGUGUAAUUUUACAGAAACC